CUGACUCCUCGGAAACUUUCCCUUCUCCAAGCCUUGAGUGCUCUUCAAACACACCCAACCACUGUCGAAGAUGACUGGUCAGCUGGUUCUCUGUCAGCAGCUCCUGUAGCGCCGGCUGGUUACCUGAUCUCCACAGCAUGGACAGAAGGACCCGCCUCCUGCGCUGGACAUCCCCCCAUCAUCGGCUAUGCUAGUGGAGGAGAUGGUCCUGGAUGGGAUCCUGAUAUGGAUUUGGAGCAACAGGAUGAGUUGUGUUUGGGGGCGGGGCUAGAGCUGUCAGAGACCGGCGCUGAGGGAAAUGACACGGAGGAGCACUGGAGGAGGCUGUUUCCCACCAUCAGGGACUGCACGGUGGUCAUUGUCCGCCUUCCACCUGAGCAGCUGAAGCUCUGGGGGGCGGAGCAGCCAUGGCGGGACAAACGGAAACGGAUACCCAACCUGAGGUCGGGCUGGGAUCGGAUGUGGAAGCUGCAGCCGCGAGACCGAGGAGGAAGAUUCGAGAGUUUUGUGAAGAAGGUCAGAGUUCAGGCCAACGUUUCCCUUGAGGAUGAAGCUGGGAGACCCCACAGCAGGCUGAGGCUGACCCACUGCACUGACUCCACCCACCUUCAAAACAAUGACUUAUUUCAUCAGUCGGAGGUGGAGCACAGUUAUUGCCUCAUACGAGAGGGGCAAGACAUACUGGACGGCGGGGGCCAACAACAGGAGUCCAGGCUCGCAUUCACCUGUGAUCACAGAGGACACUGCAGCUGCCCCACAGGUAACUCUCACCUGCCCCGCCCCCGUGAAGAUGCUUCCUCCUUCUUCCCAGGAGAUCGUUUGGGUUCCCCCCCAGAAAAGAAGAGCAUCCCCACCGUGGUGGAAGAGGCUCCGUGGUUGCUCAGGAGGUCACAGCUCAAAAAGGGGAGCGAGGAGGAGGAGGAGAUCAAGAAGCGGCGGCGGCGGCGACAGGCCUGUGGACUUUGCAUCGCCUGCAUCAGGAAGGACUGCGGCGAGUGCAUUUACUGCCUGGACAAGAGGAAGUUCGGCGGCCCCUCCACCAAGAGGCAGAAAUGUGUGCACAGACGGUGUCUGGUGGUGCUGCCCAGGAAAGACUUGAAGACGGAGGUGGCUGAUGGUCCAGAGUCCCGGGAGGAGAUGGUCACUCCGGUCAGAAUUCAUCUGAGCCGGCAGAGGAGAGAGGAUGUGGAAAGACAGGAGUUCUGUUCUUCUGUGAAGCAGAGCGAGAAGUGGGAGAGGAUGCUGGGAAGCAGAAGGAUGGAGCGGAAACACCUGAUGGUUGGAAAUGAAGCGAAGAAAGAGGAAGAGGAGCGGGAGGAAGAGACUGCUAAAGCUCAGCAGGUCAUAAAGACGACCAUGGACCAGAAGGAGCUGAGCGGGGACCAGUCUGAAGCUGGGAUGGAUGAAGAGGAGACGAUGGAGGAUAAAAAAACAAGUCCACCUGAAGAGCUGCUGAAAGCUAAAGUCCUGCAGCUGAAUCUGACUCUGAACGGCGGCCAUCUUUCCUCUGACCCCGUGUCUGACUCCGCCCUCGGCAGCCUGUCAGGACUGCUGCAUCAGGGCGGGGAAUUCCUCCACGUUUCCACGGGCCUGACCUUCAUCCCUGCUGUUACUGUGGAGCCCAAAGAGGAGGAGGAGCCUGUGGAGGUGGAGCUCUACGGGAGGAGCAGUGCUGCUGAGGGACUAAUGGGGGGGCGGGCCGCGCCAUGGGAGGAGGUCCUGUUCAGGGAGGGGGUGUCGGAGAAGGGGAAGUACCUUGAUAUGGAGGUGCAGCUGAUUGACCCCAACCAAGAGCCCCCGAUCCUGCCCCCGCCUACGCCCUCUGACAUCACCACACCAAAGGCUGCUGAUGAUGUCAUGGGGUGGGACUGUGAUGUCACAACAGACGCCGUCUCCUCUGAUCGGCCGGAGUUCCUGCCAGUGAGCUGGGGGGCGUAUGACCUCGUUGGAGGGGGCGUCGGUCCGGACGACCUCGGUGGGUGUGGCUUGAAACAGCUGCUGGAGCUC